UGAAGGGCCGCCUCAGAAGAGAGGCAAGCGGGCAGGCUCUUCUUCCUUUCUGCUUCAAGGGCCCUCCUCCUCCUCCUCCUCCUCCUGAGCUGGAGCUCUGCCCGGGCGAGGCGCCACAGAUCCGGAUAGCCUCCAGGUCCUCCGUCCCCGGGGCUCCAGCUCAGACUACAGUUACCUGGACAGAAUGACAGACCUGGUGGCUAUCUGGGAAGUAGCGUUAAGUGAUGGGGUUCACAAAAUUGAAUUUGAGCAUGGAACUACCUCAGGAAAGCGUGUCAUAUACGUAGAUGGCAAGGAAGUAAUGAGAAAAGAAUGGAUGUUCAAACUGGUGGGAAAAGAGACAUUUGCUGUGGGAGCAUCCAAAACAAAAGCUACCAUCAACAUUGAUGCAGUCAGUGGUUUUGCAUAUGAAUAUACCUUGGAAAUUGAUGGAAAGAGCCUUAAGAAGUACCUGGAGAACAGGUCAAAGACAACAAACACUUGGUUAUUACACUUAGAUGGUACAGAUUUUAGGGUUGUAUUAGAGAAAGACACAAUGGAUGUUUGGUGCAAUGGCAAAAAAAUGGAAACAGCGGGUGAAUUUGUAGAAGAUGGGACGGAAACGCAUUUCAGUAUUGGAAAACAUAACUGUUGCAUUAAAGCUAUCAGUAGUGGGAAGAGAAGGGAAGGAAUUCUUCAUAUGCUUAUUGUGGAUGAUGGAGAAAUCCCAGAAGCUUUGGAAUAACUUUCAGAUAUUCUGACCAUUAUAGAUGCAAAGAUCAGGGAUUUUCAAUUACUGUGGUAAUUGGCAACUUUUAAUAUGUACUUCUUGGUACAGUUUAGUUUGUGUUGUUCUUAUUUUUUAGUUGCUAUAUAUUAAAUUUAUGGGAAGACCAGAUGAAAAUGUAAAGUUAUGUACAACCACAUGCAUUCCUAGUUAUUUUCUAAAUUAUAUAUAAGAUAUAUCUAUAUAUAUUAAUAUUACGACACUAAAUUGGAACUUUGACUAAUGUAGAAAUUGUUUACAUGGAAAAUUUUAAUAAAAUAAACUGCAGAAUAAAUCAAUGAA